AGAGCGAUAACAAUUGACGUUCCUACGGAGUUGCGUGCGUUUCAUAACGAUUAUAUAACAGCGAAACGUCGUUUCUAAACUUCAAAAUUUAUUUACAGCUUGUGAAGAAAUUUCUACAAAAGUUAUCAAUGGGCACUGUGAAUAAAAUUUCAAGCAAUUUCGACGCACUGAGAAUGCACCAUUUCCAAUUCUUUGCAAUGGUGGUCAUGGUGUGCUUUGUUAGCUUCCUGCUCUACCCAUCACGACGCAGAUUGGAAUCGCCCAGUGUGCUCUAUGGUAUGGUGCAUCUAGGGAGUUUCAGCGCCAAUUUUGGUGCGCAGCUUUGGGUCACAUUAGUUGCAGGUCUGACCAUGUUUUACAGUCUGCCACGUCACAUGUUUGGGAAAGUCCAGUCCCGCCUGUUUCCCAUGUUCUUCCUGUGGAGUCUCGUCUGCUCCGCUAUGACGCUGUCGACCUUCCUGUCCCAGCAUCCUUCAGACACCUGGGAUAACUCACAGAUAAAACAGGUUGUGGCUUUGUCCGUCUGCUUUGUGACUGCUGCCCUCAACUCUAUAGUAGUCUCCCCUCUAAUCGUGAGCGCCAUGUUGAAAACUUUCAAGAUGGAGGUGGACGCCGGGGUAGGAGAUGUCGUCGGCUACGCAGACAUGAAAGAGCUCAAAAAGAACCCUCAGUACUACGAGUCCUACAGGAUGUUUCGCCGUUGCCAUGGAGCCAGCGCCAUGCUUGUCGUGUCAUCGUUGAUAGCCAACACGGUGUAUCUAUACUUUUUAACCAGUUUAUGUUUACCUUUAUGAAGCGGAGAGUCUAACCAUUAAUAAUAUUUCUUCUUGUGAUAAUUAUUUAAACUGCUAUUCAAUUUUAUAGGCAAUGAUGCAUAAUGUAAGCAUACGAACAAAAUUGAUCUAUCUGUAUUCUUUAGUUUCCAAAAAUUCAAAUAUAUCAAAAACAAUUUAUUUAUAUAUUCAAUUGACAAAACUGUUUAAUUAGACGAUUUUAAAGUAUAACAGUAAUAAAUGAAUAAAUCACAAAUUCUGAAAUUAAAUAAUUGAGAACACACGAACCCCAAAGUCUAUAAAAAUCUGUAUUUGGUCAAAGGGAAUUAAUCAACAAUUUACUUUGUUCCAUAGUUUGUCAUUUAUUACCUUCCUUUAAAUAAAUAAAAAAUUUGAAGAAAUAGAACAAAAUAUUAGUAGCAAUUCUUUUACUUAAAUAUUAUUUGUCUGUUAUUUUUUUCAUAUCAUGUAAACAUGGCUGAAUAAAUGUAUAGAAUAGUGGAGUUUUUAUAGCUUGCAUCAAGCAGUAAAUGUUCUAGACUUAAAUUUUUGGCAGAUUUUUCUCCCCAUUGGGACCAAAUCAAUAACAACUGUGUUAAGCGUAUAGCAAGUGUACACAGCUGGUAUCUGCCAAAUAUGUUUUGUGUUCAGAAUGUAAGUUGGAAUCAUGACAUCAGUUUCCUAGAAUGCUUGGUAUUAUGAAUGGUUGCUAUGUGUCACCAGUGGUUAAAUGUGUCACUAAUGGCUAAAAAGUGUAUCACCAUUAGAUACUGUGUUAGGAUGUGUGAUCUCACCAUGUACAUAGAACAAACACUGUACAUAAAUGUCCUAUUUAUUUAUUAUUAUGGAGCUAAUAUUUCAAUACUGAUUAAUAUGGCGAUGUACAUAUGUAUACACAUUUUCAAAUGUAUUUUUUAAAUAUUGUUUUAGAUAACAGUAAUUUGUAAUGUAGUAAUUUUUCUUACAUUUUAAAAAUGUUCAAUAGUUAAGUUUUAUAAUUACUUGUAUCUUUGACUACCCAGUGAAAUGAUUUGUUUGAUGUUAGCCAAAACUAUCCAGUGUUUUUAUAACCUCCGUCCAAAUAAAUUGCUUCUGUGUCCAGGUUGGGCUGUAUAAGUAUUUACAACUGGCAUUAAGCCGUCACCUGGACAGGUAUUUGAAAGGAUGGUUGAGAAAUGUAGGUGUGAGGUAGAUGGAAAUAUUUUGAAUAAUA